AUGGAAGGAAGAGAUUACACGCCUGUAGGAAGAUCCAGAAGCAUUUAUCGCAGGAUCAUUAAAGCCUUUCUUGCCUUCGGUGCUGGUUUUCAGGCGCAGGAUUAUGACGCCAAUCGAUUAACCGGGAACUUGUUCGACGAUGAACCAGGUGCAAUAGCAAGGCAAAAACUGAUAGAUCGACCGGUUUUGCUUGGAUAUAAGCUUCCUUCUGUGUUCCACGACAUCGCGCUUCUUCCUCUCGAGUCCAGGGUGUCCUUCAACGCCUGGAUCCACCCACUCACCACGAGAACUCCGAGAGCUAUAGCGACAGAAUGGAGUCAUGGUAAUUGGGACGAAGAUGAAGGCUCGAAUGACGUUCUAAAACUUAUACUUCCUUUCUUCGACGAGGCAACUUGCAAGGCAAGCUACUCAUCCUGGACUUUUAACACCAAGCUUCCUAAUGGAGUAGUUGGAGAGUUGACGAUAUGUGGUGGAAAAGGUGGCAGCGAUGCAUGCCAGAGUAACAGCGGAGGCUCUCUUAUAAUAUACAGUAAAAAGAAGUACUGCAUGAACGAGGUAGUCGGCUUUAUAAGUUUAGCAAGAUCUUACGGACUAUCAAAACCCGGGACUUACACACGCGUUUAUCACUACGUUCCGUGGAUAGAGACCAUCGUGUGGGGCUGA